AUGGAUUAUCUAAAAAGCAAGAAGAAUAUUGCUGAUAUAAUGAAAAUAUUAAUUGAUAUAUUUAAUCUUGCUGAACUAAUAGGGGUUUAUUUUAUUGCUCGAGAAGGUGAUAUUGAUGAAAAUGAACAACAACGUUUCUUUUUUAUACUCUUUUCUGUGGGUGGUGCUCUAGUAUUUAAAUCGCUCUUUGUUCAUCCGAUAUUAACGUUUUUGUUCAGUAUGAUUGUAGAAAGUGUCGAAUUAAUAUUAUAUUUAACAAUAUUAUCAACAACAACUAGUUUACUUGUUGUUGUAAUUUUCUUUUUUCUUUUGGAAAUUAUGUUUCAUCUAAUUAGUCUAAUAUGUCUGAAAGAUAAUGGCGAUAAGGAUCGUUUUACGAAUUGUGCAGAAGACUGUUGUACAUUACCAGUACGCAUAGUGUCAUAUGGUUUAUUAUUUGAAACGCAAAUAUUCUUCUUAUUUCUGGAUACUAGUUCACCAUUUCGUGGUACUUACUAUGAAAUGUUAAUGAUAUUAUCAACAUGUUUUGGUUUAUCUGCGAUAAAGGAAGUUGCUAGACGCUGCUGCAGCACGGACGAAAACGACGAUGAGGAUGACAUUGAUUUAGAAGUCAUAUGGCAAGGAAUAUUAAGAUUAUUUAUCGUAAUCGAAGCUCCCAUUGUUAUGCUCACUGGAGUUGUAUAUGCAAGUCAAUCACUGACAGAUAGAUCAUCACUGAAAACAUAUGAUUUUGCUAUUUAUAUUAUUACUUUAAUUACAUACGGAUCAGCUCUUGUUGCAUUAGUUUUUUCACUUCUAUGUAGUUUAUAUUUAUGUGCAGGUACAUUGUUACAGAGUACAAUCGAUUGUUUUUCUCGUAGCAAAUAA